AUUUCGUGAUGUCUUGCAGCAACUCCGAGGUUCUCUCUUGGGGCAUCGGCGAAGCCAGACUCUCGAUCGAGGGGGCGACCAGAGCAGACACGGGAUUCUACCUCUGCCUCGCCUCCAACGUCGUCUCCAGGGCGGAGCCCGUUCGCGCGGCGGUCGUCGUGACUCAAACUCCAGAGGUUCCCGACGAAGUGGAAGAAGGCGCAGAAGAGUCCUACCUGAGUCCCUGGGCUCACUUGGGGGGGACGGCCCGCCUGGAGUGCAGCGUGAAAGCCGCCCCUUCGCCCACUUUCAAGUGGACCAUCAACGAGGACCGAGUUCUGCUAAAUGACCGGAAGUAUUUCAUAAGGGUGCCUGAGGUGAGAGGGGCUCCUCCUCCUCCUCCUCCUCCUCCUCCUCCUCCUCCUUUCAUUCGUUUACCUGGGCGUUUUUGCAUUUCGUGA